AGGGAAGGGAAAAGUCGGAAGAAGAGCUUCGUUCUACGAAACCAAGUGCGACGUGUGUGCGAUGAAGAGAGAAAAAGAGAGUAAUACGUGCAGGUCCGAACAAGAUCGAUGGCGUGCUGCGGUUCCAGUGGAGCACCUCGUGCCUUUGGUACUAAAUUUUGCGUCAAUAUUACUGAGUCGGUGUACGUGUAGAUUUGGAAUGCCACAUUCGUUUUUUCUACUCAGCUAAAAACACAACAAAAUGCCUGAGUCACCCACGAGCAAGCGCCGGAAAUCCUCGGUGGACGACGACGAUUUCUUAGACUUGCCUGUGCAAGAGAAGGUUAAGGCACUUUUCGCUCCGAGAGCCGAAGACAAAAAGGAGGGUGCGACCCCUGACGCAGCAAAAACAGAAAUCGAGCGCAAGCGCGCCGAAAUUGACGCUGCUGUCGAAGCGUUCGAGAAACACGCGAUUGAGAAAUUCCCAAAAUUUUUGGAGUUCGACACCCAAAAGCGGAUCGACGCCACGCUGCAAAUUAUGCGGGACCUCCACAAAGAAGAGCAGGCGGCGGAGGUUCACGCCCUGCUCAGUGGCGGCAAACAAGUCGAUCGCGAAGCUCGUGAAAAGCGCCACCGGCUAUGUCGUGGUGCUCUCGAUUUGCCACGACAGAUUGACGACGAGAAGAUAGAGCAGCUUGUCGACGCGCCUCAUAAAUUUUUCCUGCCCGCACGAAAAGCAGACACGGAUGAGGUGCGACUGCACCGCGGGGACUUCGUUUACGCGCACAACACACCGUGGUUGCCGGAGAACUAUUCCACCUUCAGCAAAUAUUUCGUCUUCUGUUCAAGCGGGUCCGCGGCUCACGGUUUUCGGAACUCUAUCCUGGAUCAUGAGGCGGUCAGCUUGAUCAACCUCCCUUCCGCCAGCGGGCUAUGUGCGUCGAACGUCUGUGCACCACUGCGUCCGCCGAAUGGAAACCGGGACUGGUUCCUGGCUGGUAGCGACUACUGGUUCGAUGCGGACACCGGGUGCGCGGUGACCUGGUGGAUGACGUGGGAGAGGGUCCUGAAACACUGUCUGCUGGAGCAGCCACUGCAGCCGGCAAAAAUUUCGAUCGAGUUCGUCAACGGGAAACAAUCCUUCAUGGGAAACAGGUUUGAACAGUCAGGAAUAAUGACGGACUUUGCCGGGGACUACUUUGUCAUCACCCUGUCCGGUUGCCAGCGCGACUUUUCUUCCGAUCGCGACUGGCAACGGUUCGCCAUGCAGGAGGAUCCCGCGUUGCUGGACGAGAGCUGCACAUUGAUGGUGGCUUCCGGAGACAAAAUCGCCUUGAUCGACAAUGCGGGAGAGUUUCUGUCAGAACUUCGCACAGGGAACACCGACUGUGACGGCCACUUUCUGCGGUUUCACCGCGCCGAGUUCGUGGCCGUGUGGCCGAAGCAGGCGGAGUACCUGGGACUCAGCGCUUCUGCGGAGAACGGACUCACCAAGAUUUGGAAGUUCCACAAUUGUUACAAGCUGGACCGGCUGCAGAAUGUAUUCGCGGAAUUCGUCACAAGCCUGUCACAAACCGCUCACGAACAGGAAGAGGAGCUCAAGGAACGGGCGGCCUUAGAAGCAGACGACGAAGAAGUGGAAUCACUGCCGUUGCGCUGCGACUUUGAAAACUUGCUGGAAGAAAACCCAUUCUGCAAAGAAAUCAGCUUUCAGUGGCCGCGGAAAAAGAGGGACAAGAAAACGGGGGAAGGCGAGGAGCUCGGGCGGUUUUCUGUGCGAAGAAACCUCUCCACAAACGAAGAUGAAGUUAAAUCGGCGCGCUUGUUUACCUGGACUGGACUUGAUGAUCAGGCAGGUUCAUCUUCUACACCUGCGUAAGGAUCUUGUCAAGCGUUAACGAAGUUGUUGAUGUGAAAAAUUCUGAUUCCACUCGCCGGGCAAAAAUGCAGCAGACCGACAAGCAGGUUUCAGGCAAUGUUGCUUUCGUUUGUUCACUAUCAGCAGGCCUGCGUCAUGUGCCGCUUU